GCUUUCAGACCAACGGGCUUCUCAAGGAGCGAUCCGGCCCCACAGGCCAGCCGCCUCCGCUGCAGAGCAUUUGGGAAUGCCUCGCACGUAGCCUCCGGCAGGAACUUUCCACGCGCCUUCGGGGGGCCAACCUGAAUCAUUGGGGAAGGAAAGCUGGGGUCCCAAGCGGAGCUGGGGAGAGAGAGAGAAGGAGGGAGGGGGGUCUCGCCUACACCUCGCCCCCUCCCCACCCUCCUCCAUCACCCCCCCUCCACGCUGCGCCCACCCACCCCAGACGCCCGGUUCUUGCCUUUGACAGGAGAGACCCCACCCUGAAGACACGCGCGUAGAAGGCACGCCCAGAGCAGCCGUGGGGAGCCCAACCUCUCGGGAGAAGAAGGAGUUGGGGAAGGGGAGGGGGGGCUGAGAAAUGCCUCGCGGGGGAAGAUGAACCCCGAAGAUGGUCUGGCGGCUGGGCGGGGGUGAGCCGAGUCCCCGGCUUCGCUGGCGGGUGGCAGCCGGAUCGACGUGGAGACCUUGAAACUUCGACCGGGGGUCCCGAGAGGAGGCGAGGGGGCUGCGCGCUCAGGAUGUCUGGCUGGAACGGGGCUGUUCAAACUUCAGGAAACUUUGGAAUUGUGCCUUACGUGAAUGCAUCAGAGGAAGCGGGAAUCCUGAAUGAGCAGAAUGUGAAGCCUAGAGAUGAGCAGUAGCUACUGCAACAACGUGUCAGUGACCAUGAGUGUCAACGAGGUGUCCAGUUUCCCCCUGACCCUGGAGCAGAAAAGUUUCGCCUUUGUGGGGAUCCUGUGUGUGUUUCUGGGACUUUUGAUCAUCAGAUGCUUCAAAAUCUUACUGGACCCCUACAGCAGUAUGCCUUCCUCCACCUGGGAGGGUGAAGUUGAAGGGUUGGAUAAAGGGACAUUUGAAUAUGCUCUUGCAUGAAGCAGAAUCCUCAAAACGUGUCCUGCCUAAUUCCGAUUUCUUUUUGUUGUUUGUUCCUGAAGCAGUGGAAUUCGAAACAUUUGUAAUUGACAGCCAUGUCUGGAAGGUGUGGCUGUAGCCUUUUUUUUUUUUUUGUUAAAUAAAGCUUUGCGGCAGA